CAUGAGUAUUAGCAGAGGACAUUCAGUGGAAAAGGUUCGAUUUUCAGCCAGCCGGGCGCAUUCUGACGAAAACGAUGAGGAUUAUUCAGCUAGUGUAAAUGCGAUACUUCAUAAGCGGCUUAGUGUUAGGAAAGGCAAACACCAAAAGCAAAGAAGAUCGUCUUCUCCCGUGUCUUCRAUGCUAGCGGAUGAUGCCAGUUUAAUAUCAGAUCGAAGAAGAUCGUCAGCUUUUACAACUAGCUCUGGAGAUACGGCGAUUAAUAUCGAAGAGGCUGGUAUUUCUCAAGAGCAGAUAUUCGAAAAUAUCCGUUUACACAAAGAGGUGUUAGGCAGCGUACGUCAGCAACCAUGGUCCAUACGGAGGAAGAUGAAAUUGGUUCAACAAGCCAAAGAGUACGUGAAGAAGCACGAGGGUCAACUGCAAGAACGCUUGGCGAUGAGUAAAAGUACAAGAGAUAUUAUGGCGCGGUUUCACAUAGUCCUAGUCAAACAAUGGCAGCACAGUAAACGAGAGAUGGCMAAUUUCAUAAGUCAAAUAAUUCCAUGGGAACUAACGAUUAAAGAAAUUGAAUCUCAAUUCGGCACGGUAGUCGCUUCGUACUUUACAUUCCUCCGCUGGUUGUUCUGGGUGAACUUUGUCAUAUCUGUGUUGUUAGCAGCCUUCGUCGUCAUUCCCGAAAUUUUAACGACCAACAAGGCAGACACUGGGGAGCGCAAGACACUGUUGCCUGAGGAACAGGCCACUUCUAUGGAGUUAAUGACUUUAUUGAACUUUGAGGGGGUCCUACAGCAUUCACCCAUGUUUUACGGCUACUAUUCGAAUCGACAAAGUUCAGACACUGGAUACCGGCUACCCACGGCCUACUUUAUCACGGGGCUCGUUGUUUACAUUUACAGUUUCGUGGCUACGCUUCGAAAAAUGGCCGCAAACUCCCGUCUGAGCAAACUAUCCGAAAAAGACGACGAGUGCAUAUUUACGUGGAAACUGUUCACCGGUUGGGAUUAUAUGAUCGGAAACGAAGAAACCGCUCACAAUCGUACAUCGUCGAUUAUACUCGGUUUUAAAGAGGCAUUGCUUGAAGAAGCUGAAAGAAUGAAAGACAAACAAAAUUGGAAAGUGGURACUUUGAGGAUAUUUGCAAAUCUGAAUAUGGUAUGGAUGCUGGGAAGUUCAGUUUAUGCUGUGAUUGUUGUGGUAGGUAGAUCCACAGAACCAGAGGCCGAAUCUACAUUAUGGAGAAAAUACGAAAUCACAGUUGUCAUGACGCUCAUUGGUACGUUCUUUCCCAUUGUUUUUGAAGUGCUGGGCGUGUUGGAGAGUUACCACCCAAGAACAACGCUUCGUAUACAAUUGGCCAGGAUUAUGGCGCUGAACUUGUUAAAUCUUUACACACUGACAUUCGCAUUAUUUGUGAAAAUCAACGACAUGACAAAGGAGCUAUUGGUGUUGAAAUCUAAUGUAUCCAAUAUCACGGCCUCUGCGGCCACCAUGGCCACCACAACAUCUUUGUUGAAAACGACGUCGACUACCUCAGUGUUGGUUGCGUUAGCGUUUAUGAAUUCGACCUUGUCGAACACGACGAAACUUCAGUUGCCCGUUACCAAUACGAUCGAUACCCAACCGAAUUGCUUCCGACAACAAAUAGAAUGUCCGUUCUCAUUGCCAGCUGCCCAAAAUGUUCCAGCCGACGUGCGUCCACAGAUAGUUGACAAACUCGUCUCCUCAUCGACCACACCUGCACUACAAUUGAUUACCACUGUGGCUAACUUGCCUUCGGUAGUGGAUUUUGGUCACAGUUCAGACUUCAGUCGCAAUUCGGAGGUCAGUCCCCCAACUACUGGUAUUUUCAGUGCGAAUCGUAACGAAACCAGAUGGACUGAAAGUACAACUGAAACGAUUUUCAAGACCAUCGAUAAUGUACGAAUAUUUGCCGAGGUCGUACACAACGACGAGACGUCUUCGUCUGAAGACACCACCACAGAACCUGACGUCAGUUAUACUCACAGUUAUGACGAAAUUAUAGAGAAUUCAACUGUGGGUCUAGUCAUAACCGUUUCGAUGACGGAGAACUCAACCAUGGAUCUUGUCACUACUGAGUCAACAACUACGAGUUCGACGGACGUUUCAUUUGGCUUUGAUUCGACCACCCCCGAAUCGUCAUCAAGUACGACAGAAAGUGCAUUAGGUGAGACGAUGCUGAACGAGUUCGUAGAGUCAACGACGAGUGUGGUCACUGAAUCGAUGGAAAGUCUGAACACAGUUGUGUUGAGGGCAAACACGACGAUCGAUCAACCUACAAUCACAAUUGAUGAUAACGAUGAACCGUAUAGUACGACUUCGUAUGACAAUCUGCAGUUUUGGCAGAUGGACGAGAAGAUCGCGUCGUCUAAAGAGAGGAGAAUCGUAAAACGGAUGUCGGAUUUAAUUUUCAACGGGACUCAUUGCUUUCAAAUAGUUUGUUCGYCUCCAUCACCAGUUACAAAUGUAACUGAGRURCCCAGUGGUUUUCAAGGAUUUAGUGAGGAAUCGAGCGAAGCGUACGCGACAACAACGGAACACGAAGACGCGCCUAGAGAAGAUUUAUCACUUCGUGCCACUUGUUUGAAUCUCCAAAUCAGGCGACGAUUGCGGAAGUUGUGUUGGGAGACAAUGUUUGGACAAGAGUUGGUAAAACUUACAGUCAUGGAUUUGGUGUCGACGAUCAUCUCGACGAUAUUUGUGGACUUUGCGCGAGCUGUGUUCGUGCGGUACAUGAACCGGUGCUGGUGCUGGAACCUGGAAAAGCGGUUUCCGCAGUAUGGCGAUUUCAAGAUCGCCGAGAACAUAUUGCAUCUGGUCAACAACCAAGGUAUGGUAUGGAUGGGUAUGUUUUUUUCUCCCGGACUGCCAAUCAUCAACGUCGUCAAAUUGAUGAUCAUGAUGUACGUACGGUCGUGGGCGGUCCUCACGUGUAACGUGCCGCACGACGUAGUGUUUCGGGCCAGCCGGAGCAACAAUUUCUACCUGGGCCUGCUGCUCACCAUGCUGUUUUUGUGCGUGCUGCCAGUCGGCUACGCGAUCGUGUGGAUCGAACCAUCCUGGCACUGUGGUCCGUUUUCGCAGUACAAGAAGAUCUAUCACAUMUUCACCAAUUCUAUCAAGAAAGCCAUUCCCAACCCACUUGUGCACCGAGUCCUCGACUACAUAGCAUCACCUGGCAUCGUCAUACCACUGCUAUUGCUCCUUAUCCUUAUCAUAUACUAUUUGGCUUCGCUCACGUCUUCGCUCAGGGAAGCCAACAACGACCUGAAAACGCAGCUGAGACGAGAGCGGACCGAAGAGCGACGAAAAAUGUUUCAAUUGGUGAACAGGAAGAAGCAAGGUGGUGGUGUCGACAACGAUGACGACGACGAUUACACGUGCAUGGAUACAACGCUGGCAAAGUGGAGACAUAUCAUGCCAGACAACAAACUGCAGACAGACGUUUCAAGCUCCGUGUUUGAAAUCGUCGAGAAAAAGCUCACUGACAACGAGGUGCUGGACAAAGUGCGUGAGAAACUCGUGCACAUCGAAGCGGAGGAUCAGCAGCCCGAAAAUAAUAACCAACAUCCAAUUCAAGCAGAUCAACAGCAACAGCUUACACAAUCACAGCCCCCAAAGCUCCAACGUAAUCAUCAUCACCAUCAGCCACCCCCACUGCAACACCAUCACCAUCAUCAGCCGCCACCACUGCAACACCAUCACCAUCAUCACCACCAUCACCAGCAGCAUCUCUACCACCACCUCCGACGGCCAUCGAGAAAUGAAGAGCCACGAGACACAGCGGCGACGCUACGCAAGUGGAAAAAGUCCAAUGUGGUCCGACAUCAGUCGUCUGAGUCCGAGUCGUCUGAUCAGUCAGAAGCAAUACCGGAAAUUCGUGAAACAAUCCAACCUCAGAUCACCACUGCCUUGCACGUUUCCGGAACACAUCACAAGACCACAGCCGCUGAACUUCCAGUUGGAAGCACUGUCGCUGAGGAUGGAAGUCCCUUGACCGUCAUAGAACAGCCAGUCAAGCAGAGGGCUAGGCUUAAGUUGGCGCAGAUAUUGUACAAAGAGGCGAGAAGGAGAAGACAAAAAUACGUCGAGGAGCUGCAAAAUCAACAAGAAUAAAUAAAACACUAAAUAUUUACACCGUAACU